AUGAAACCAUCUAGCGAGUAUUGGCAAAAGACAGAUAGACUUUGUUGCGCGAACCCUACGUGCUGUGGCGCUCUGUUCUACCCGACGCUAAUAAGUGACACUCGCGCUGUCUCCUACUCCGAUACAGAUGCCCUGGUGUCUCUUCUUGAGUCCGAGCAGAUUGAUAUUGUGAUAUCAUGCCUGCCCAUUGAUGGUGAUGAAAGUGGACAAGCCCAGCUUAACCUCAUUGAGGCGGCGAACCUGUCGAGAUCAACGAAGCGUUUCUUGCCGAGUGAGUUCGGAACGGUCUAUCGCGAAGACAACAUUGCCCACAUCCCAUCUUACCACUGGAAGCUCAAAGCUGUUGAUGCCCUUGAAAAGACCGAACUAAAGUUUUCGCUUGUUUCAAUUGGUCUGUUCUUGGACUAUUGGGCUGCCCCUUGCAUUCCAACUCAUCUCCGUGCGGCAAAUAUCAUAAUCGACCCCGAAAACAAUGCUGCAGUAAUCCCUGGUGACGGAAACACUCCCAUGGUGCUCACUCACUCACAUGAUGCAGCCAAGUUUACCAUCGCAAUGCUUGACCUUCCACACUGGAAGCGCAGACACUCGAUUGUUGCAAAUCGAACGACUCUCAAUGAGGCCGUUAGACUGGCUGAAGAAAUUAAGGGUACCAAGUUUGACGUCAAGUACUUCUCUGUGGAAGAGAUGGAGAGGGGUGAGUUUGAUCUCACGCCCAGUAUGAAGAGGGUUUUGCCUGAGGAGAUGCAAGGAAGUCUGAGAAAUAUGCUGGCUUUGUCUGGAAUCGGGCUUGCUCGAGGAUCAAAUGAUCUCGAUGGAACCGAUGACCUGAGACUUGAGUUUCCAGACAUCAAGUGUCUUACAGUUAAGGAGGUUUGGGAAGCAUGGAAGUAG